AUGACAAUGGACACUCUUAUGAACCCUCCUGGCUACAUUAAACCUUCUCUUCAAAACUUUCUUUUGACCGACAUUGACUCUAAGGAAUUGCGAAUCAUUGCUGCAGCUAUGGAAUUGGAAUAUUUAGGUCCUGCUUCAUUUCCUGGGUCAUUUCCGGUUGAGGGAACUAUUUGGGCUCCAAACCACAGACUUAUGGUGAAUUUGGCAUGUCGUCGCAGAACUAAAUCAGACUCUCCCACUCGCAAUAUCAUCUUUUUAGUUGAUACAGGUUCACCAGUUACUUACUUGUGUCAAGAAGCGAUGGAAUCAUUGGUUGGAAAAGAUUCUAAUUUACCUCAAACUCUAUUUGUCAAAAUUCACAAUGAAAAAGCAAUUCAGACUCACAUUUCCCCAAAAGAUAGUCACUUUGCUGAUGUAAAUGUCCUGGGUAUGAAUUUUAUUGUGGAAAACAGAGUGUAUCCUCGUUUGGAUUUUGAUGAGAAAACAUUCAGUCUUGACUAG